UGCUAGCUGUGUUGUCAUAGGACAGAAACAAAACAGUUGUUAUUUAGAAUAUUGUUUAUUAUAUAAACGAGUGUGUUUAAAAUGACAGUUACUUAGAUGGGACUUUUAAAAACAGUUCAGCUGAAUGAAACAAUGGUACAAUUUGUGAAAUAACAUGGAAUUACACGUAAUUGAAUUCAAAGACAAACUGAUCCCCUUCAAAGGUAAUAAUUAGUUAAAGUGUUUGUCAGUUUUGAAAAGGCAAGGAGUAAAGCAUGUGAUUUCUAUGGCAACAUUAUGUUAGAGGCACUCUGCUGCGGUCAUUUUCCUGUUUAUGCCGAUAUUACACGGUAUGGAUUACUAAAGAAAACAUCAAUUUCUGUGAAGAAUCAAUAACCAGAAAUAUGGUGUUUCAUAUACUUAGGAAAUAAAUAAUCACUAUUUUGACUUAGCUGGAUAAUUCAAGUAUAUGGUCUUGCUAACCAAUGUGUUGUUUUGAUUCUUGUUUAGAAUUGUGAAUUAAUAUUUUAGUAGCUUACUGGCGUGCUUCGUUAAUAGAAUUAUAAAUGUUUCAGCAGUUAGUGCAAGUCGAUAGAAUUAUAAAUUAAUAUACAUUAAAUAUCUGUGUAUUUGCUCCAUGUGUAGGUUGAUAAUUUGUAAAUUUGAUUACAUGUACUGACGAGCAAGUGAUCACCUGAAUUUAGAAGUGAGUAAACAUAUCAAAAUUUAAAUUAUCAAUGAAUAAAUCUAAUUCUGCCGUCUUUUUGAUGUAUCUGCUCAAUUUAAGAACACAUUUAAAGUGACAAUUAGAUAAAAUAAACACAGAAAAAGAUGUUUAUCGUGUUUGGUAGGUGAAAAAUAUUUUAUCUAUAUUUAGGAACAUAUAUCAGUUUCGAAAACUGACAUUAUUCAAAUGAAAUGAUGCCAUUCUGGAAUGUUAUAUAACUGUUGGUUCUAUGUAGUGACAUGGGUUGUCGCCCAAGCCGAAACUCUCUUGGUCGGAUAGCUGAUAGCACGUCAGAAUAUAACCGUUGCUAUAUUAAAGAACUGGACAAAGCUCGUCGAAAACAAAAGAAAAGCACACGCGGUGGACGCCGACGUACACCGACCUAUAAUGCAUUUUCAUCAACGACGAAAUGUUAUGAAAGAGACGAGGGUGCCUCUAAAAUCACCGUGCGAUUGUCCACGGAUGGGUCUAUGUUGGAAAUUGAACAGUAUGACAUCGAAUAUACUCCUACAUACAAUUUUAUAUCAGAAGCUUCCAAAGAAGACAGAGGAAUAGAAAUGAAACCUGUAGGCGGAGCGUCGACGUCGUUUGAAAGAUUUCAAAACAAGAGAUUUUCUUAUGGGCGAAGUGACAGUGCUCCAUUGCUUCUAACUGAUGUGGGAGAACCUAAAUCGACGAACUUUUGUAAAAAUAUUUACCCCGGGGCUGCUUGCAACAAUGACAACAUUCGGGAAUUGAACUCACCAGAUAUCAGCCACGACUCAAUAAGUGGUGCUACCUCUUGCGUUGACACUGGAGGUUUUACCCCUUCUGUAGUUGCUGUCAAUGUACAUAAAGACGAAGGACUUAAACAUGACAGAGAAACCAUGUUUACAAUAGAUCCUAAAUCUGUAAAUAGAGGUAUAUUAUUAGGAAAGUCAGAUCACAUGUGCGUUGGUCUACCUGAUAAUAAGACAGACAAGCCCGGAUUGCUCUCAAAUUCAGAAAACGAGCUGAACAGUAAUUGUAUCGGGGAUCGGAAGAAAAUAUUUGCACAAACGACCAAUAACCGAGACCAGUUUUCUGACUGCAAACAAAAUAUUUAUGGAAACAAACCAUUCCCAGGUGAUCACGAUUUUCAAGCAUGUGACUCAGAUACUUGUAUUUGUCAAAAAGAAAUACUUGAUAUGAAAUCAAAAUUAACAGAUGGUGCUACCUGUAAAUGCUUGUGUGAACAACAUGACAAAAGAAACUGUUUUGAAGAUGAUUGUAUGAAACAAGGAAAUCACAAUAAAGAAAUAAAUAGUAUUGUAACGGAUAGUCCUACUUUUAAAUUGGUGUCAAGUAACAAAUCAAAAUCUUUAAUGGCGGAAAAAGAAUGUCCUACUGAGUAUGAUACAUAUUUGGAAACGCAUGAUAUUGUGCGAAAUCAUAUACAUGAAGGCAAAAUCAAUAUCGCGGGAAAGAGAAUUGAAAACCAAAAUGCUUGUGAUCGAUUGUUGUCUUAUUGUUUCGUGUGCGAAAAAGAUAAAUGGAGAAACGAAGCGGCGCUUUGUGCUUACAUUAAUAAUAAAUGCCGCAGUUAUAGUCAGGAUUUUGGAAUGGAUUCAAACGCCAACGUUUGUUGUUGCAGACAAAAUUCAUCACAUGAACAUCAAAUAAGUUUUCCCAAGUUCCACAAUAAUACAGCAUUACAAGCAGACGACAAAUUUUUCCUAUCAUGCCAAACGGAAGUAAACGGCUCAAAUCAUCGUCUUACUAACAAGCAUCAUCCCACAAACGCGGAAAAUCCUAUUACUGUUGAUAUUGAUUUCUGUAAAGACAAACUAUGCCAUGAUUUGUUAGGUCAGCAGACCUUUACUCCUAAUGAACCUGGUGCAUUUGUAUCUGAUAAUUUGAAAUGUCCCGGAUCCUCGGGAAAAUCAAUGCACGCGCAUGCUGUGAAAGAAUGUCUUGAUAAUUUGUGUCUGGAGAACAUGAACAAAUACAAUUGUAUUGGCCACACAUGUAGCGCCAGUGAGAAGACUAAAAUCUCGAUUGAUAAUUUUGAAUCUGUUACCAUGGCAACUAAUGAUGUCUCCGAGACAACACUUCGAAAUGACGGACAAUUGAGAUGCUAUCGUCCUGUAAAUGCUGUCGAGGAAACAGAAUUUUCCAGAAGCGGGGACACCCGUAAUUGCUGUAACGAGUACACAGAAAACACUGACGAUGAUAUAUACCACGAUGCUUGUGGCUGUCAGCAAUGUACCUACGUCACAGCUACGUCACAAUGCCAUGAAUACACUGACUCAUUGGGGGAUGAAUCCGAUUACAUCACAAUCGAAAGUAACAUUACAUCGAAAGCCAACGAAAAUAAAAAUGUAACUAUUUGUAAUAUCGGUUGUUGCGAUUAUGAUUCGAUCAUCACUGGCGACAUUUGGCGAUACAAACAUAUCGACGUGAGUAAUGACGAUGGCGAAAAUGGCGAUUACGAUAGUGGUGAUUCUGACUCUAGUGGUGAUUACAGAGAUGAGGAAUAUGUUGAUGCCAUGGAAACGACCUACGUUUAGUUCUAAUAUAAAGACUGUUUGCAGUGUAAUUAUUGUAUGGGUGUAUACAGAAAAAAAAUUGAGACUUACAUGAUUUCGUUGAAGUGUUUACAGAUUGGCGCAUGUUUCCGAGAGCAUGUAGACCGUUUCAAGAGCCAUAUAAAACUAAAUCACAAAACAGUUUGAUUUUGCUACCGUUUAAACAAAGCAUAAUCGUAUAUACUGACACAGGCUUUGUCAGGAUGAAGCCUGCAGCAAAGAAAAUUAGGUUUACAUAAAAACGCGCAGUAUUUUGUAUUUACGUGAACGGAUUCUGCAAGAAGUUAACAAUGUUAAUGAUGCUUUUUCUUUUAAAUCAACUGUUUAUAGGCUGGUAAACUCGAGCUAUAGUUUUUAAGAUAGCAGCAGUGGGCAUUCACGAAAUCCUUACAAAAUAUUUCCAAUUAUCGAAGGAAUGUUCAUAGUGGGUAUCCCAUUUUCUGUUCAAUGAGCAAAUGCCCAACGGGGUUAAUGUUACAAAUACCGUUUGAAAGUGUGACAGAAAACCUGAAUGACAUGUGAUUAAACAUAGAUCUAUUAUUUCGGACCGCAAAAACGGUUAAAUAAUAAAUAGUUGGCAAGAAAAGGACAAGAAAGAUCGAUUAUUUUAAAUUAAAUAAAAUUCUACACACGCCUUUCUUAAAUUCAAAAUAUCUGAUAUAGCAAAUACCGGUACUCAUUUCGCCUAUCAGAACUGUUACUGAAAUUUCGUUGUAUAGAUAGGUAAUUGUAAUCGCCUACGAACUGGUUUGAGAGUUAUUUAUCUUAUCCGCGACCGUUUGAAGCGUAAUGCUGGAUAGCAGUUUCUGCGGGACCAACAAGUCACCCUCCCCAUCCACCGCAUCCGUGUCCCUAUGACUUCUUUGUUAUUCAUGUACUGAUAAGAUGUUUGCUAAUCGUCGCUACACACCAAAAAAUAAAACACACAUGGCAUUACUGUGUAUCGGUAUCUGCACAGAGUAUACCAGUACUUUCAGGUCAUUGAUAUCUCUUUCUGUUAAGGACAUUGGUAGAAUUGGCCGUAAUUUAGCUUUUACGCCAAUCUCAAAAAUUAUUCGGAUACUCCUCGGAACCAUCGUGUAUAUUUGAUGUUUAUAACAAUGUCACAAUGUAGAUUCUUCUCGGCGAUAUAUAGCCGUUUUGUGUCAAUUUGAUCAAACUCAUAUAUUCAUGUGUUUCUAUAAUAUCAUUAUGUGGAUAUCAACAUUUUUUUUGAACUGCAUUUUAAUUUUAUGACAAACUGAGAUAAAUCAUUUUCAAAAUGUGAUAGAAAUUGUAUAAUACUUUAGUAUGCUACUCAAGAAAGCAUUUCGUUUCGUUCAAUUUAUUUUAUAAUGUGGUAAAAAUGGUAUGUUAGAAAAAAUAACCUACCACUAGUUGUCAAUGCAGAUUUGAUGUUUGGUAACUGUUUCGACGGCAACUCGACAGAGCCUUGUUACAACAAAACAGUUUAAAUUACCCUUGAACCGGAUAUUCCUACCAGUGAUAGAUUAUUACACCGGACUGACAUUUUUGGCGAUUUUACCCACGUGGCAAAACCCAUGUGGCAACCCACGUGCCAGAUGACAACUAACGAGUCGGGCAUUAAAAUGCAAUUAAAAUCAAACACCUUGAUAGCUGUUCUUUUACGGAUAAAACAUAACAGAACGCUACAAACGAAAAACUAAACUGACCCUUUGUUGUUGUGCUAUAUUAAAUCGUCAUGACGGAACUUCUGUUUAUUUAAUUUGUUUCCCGCGCUUUAUUAAAAAAAAUCUACUUAAAAGAAAGACGGCUACUACGAAAGUAUCUUGUUUUGCUUCAUUUAUUCUAUAAUGUACUAAAAUAUGGAAUGAAAGAAAAAUAGUACGAAGGUGCUGUUUGUAGAUGGGAAUAUUCUGUUCUCGGCAGAGCCUCGUUAUCACUUAAUGUAGUUCUGCACGUUUGGGUCGAAUUUUUUUAAACCCUGAUCUUUUAAAACUUCAGAAUAUACUUAGGAAAUUCAGCAAAUAGAAAUGAUCUGGUCGUGCGCUUUUUUGUUGGACUGAUUUGAAAAAUGUCGACCUCGUACAGUCUUUCAUAAUGGGAGCCUAUGAGAAAAUCACAACUUUCAUAACAUUUUCGCGAAUAGAAUUGUUUCUACAAUGUAGAUUUUAAUGAAACCUCUCAUAGUCGUAAAUAAACAUAUGGUCAGUAAUGUGGUAAAUAAAAUUUAUAGGUCUGUAUGCUUAUAUUUGAGAUAUUUAACCAUGAUUAAAGUGAAAUGCAUAUUUCAAGCUAAUUUUUAGACAUUAUUAAAAUUAUCUAACGUGUCAGAUGUUUUAAUACAGUGCCUUUAUAAUAAAGUUACUCACGGGCGUUGUCAUUAAUUCAUAAAAUGUUUUUCAUAUAGGUACGCCGAAUCCAUCAUUAUUCUACGUUUUCCGGAUAAAUGACGUUACGCUAUCACUUACGGUAUACCAAACGUGCAGAAUUACCUUAAACAAUCACCCUCCAAUCGGAUAUUCCAAUCUUCAUCUUCGACCAGUGUCAGAUUAUUGUAAUUUGCGACUGUAAAACUUUUACGUCUGUUGUUUUAGACAAGAACUCUUUACACAUAUAUUUCUGGUAACAUCUCUGACACCUGUAACUCAUAUAUGCGUAAAGUCGAGAACAUUAAAGGGAGAGUUUCACUAUAUUUAUCACUGUGAAUUCAUAUAUUAUAAAAAAUUACUGUAUGUUUAAAAAUAUUAUAUUUACAAAUUUGAACUGGACAAUAGUCAAUUUUAUUUUUUAUAGAGAUCAGACGUAGAUAAAAUGAUUUGUUAAUUAUGUUAUAUAUGUUGAAUUAAAAGUAAAUUGUUGAU